AUGCCAAACUCGAUACAUCUUAAAAACUCAAAUUCGCAGUUUUCUCACAUAUCGCGACAAAAUUUUCUAGAUGGUUGUCGAUAUGUUUACAUUGAUAUAGGAACAAAUAUUGAAGUACAAAUUCGAAAAAUUUAUGAACCACAUUUAUAUCCAAAUGCACCAGUUCUACCCCUUUUUAAACAAAUUUUUGGAAACUAUUCAAAUGAAGUAUGUUCUGUUGGUUUCGAAGCAAAUCCUUUACAUGACAAUUAUUUGAAAGAAUUUGAAAAUUAUUGUUUAAAACGCAAUUGGCUUGUAAAGAUCUUUACAUCGACUGCUGUUAGUAUUAUCGAAACAAAUCUUACAUUUUAUACCGAACCAGGGAAUGAAGCAAAUAAUCAAUGGGGUGCAAGCUUAGAAGCAAACGGAAAGAAAUCAAGUAUCACUGUACCAAGUAUUGAUAUUGUAUCUUGGUUUAAAAGAGCAGUAUUAAAUUGA